AUGAGUACAAACAAGCUAGAAGACGCAAAGAAGGCAGCUGCUUACCGUGCAGUUGAUGAAAAUAUCAAUUUCGAUGAACAUAGGGUCAUUGGUAUCGGUAGUGGUAGUACGGUCGUCUAUGUCGCUGAAAGAUUGGGCCAAUAUCUAAAGGAUGAAAAGUAUCACGAUAGAGUGGCUCAAUUUGUUUGUAUCCCAACUGGUUUCCAGUCCAAAAAAUUGAUCUUGGAUAAUGGGUUACAAUUGAGUACUGUGGAACAACACCCAAUAAUCGAUAUUGCAUUUGAUGGUGCCGAUGAAGUGGAUAAGAAUAUGCAAUUGAUUAAAGGUGGUGGUGGUUGUUUAUUCCAAGAAAAGCUAGUCAGCACAAGCGCCAAAACUUUCAUUAUUGUAGCAGAUCAUACAAAGAAAUCACCUGAAUAUUUAGGCACCAUGUGGAAAAAAGGUGUCCCAAUUGAAGUUGUUCCAUCUGCUUAUGUUCGUGUUUGUAACGACUUGGAAAAUAAGUUAUCUGCAACUAAGACCAUCUUGAGAGAAUGUAUUGGCGGUAAGGCAGGGCCAGUGGUGACUGAUAAUAAUCAUUUUAUCGUUGAUGCUCAUUUUGGUGAUCUAUCAAAUCCAGAAGAAUUACAUACCAAGAUUAAGUUACUAGUCGGUGUUGUAGAAACAGGUUUGUUUAUUGAUAACGCAUCUAAGGUUUACUUUGGUAAAGCAGAUGGAACUGUAGAAGUAAUGAAGAAAUGA